GGAGGGGGCGGGGGAGGGGGCGGGGCCAGCGGCGCGGGGCGGGGCCUAAGGCGGCGCGGGCGAAGGCGGCGACCCAGACAUCUGGGACUGUUGUUGUUCUCUCGCCUCACGCCCGCCUCAGUCAGUUCGAGCUGAGAUCCGGAGCUGCUCUACCAGGGAGGCGGGUGACAGUCUCCGCCUUCUCUCCCGGUUCCCUGGAGCUGCGGCAGGGGCUGGCGCUGACCGAACGCCUCGCGGUUGGUCUCCGAUGCCCUUCGGCGAGGAGGGGGCGUCUGGACCCUGGUGAGCGCACCCGGAGCCCCCCGACUCGGUGUCUUCACCCGCCCCUCGGGCCCGCACGCCCGUGUGUCUGCCAUGGCUGAGAACGCAGAUGGUGACCUGAACUCCAACCUGCUCCACGCCCCCUACCUCACCGGGGACCCCCAGCUGGACACGGCCAUUGGUCAGUGGCUGCGGUGGGACAAGAAUCCCAAAACGAAAGAGCAGAUUGAAAACCUCUUGCGGAAUGGGAUGAACAAGGAACUGCGUGACCGUCUUUGUUGCCGGAUGACUUUUGGGACAGCAGGACUUCGAUCUGCCAUGGGGGCAGGGUUUUGCUACAUUAAUGACCUUACAGUAAUACAGUCAACACAGGGCAUGUACAAAUACCUGGAGAGGUGUUUUUCAGACUUCAAGCAGCGAGGCUUUGUUGUUGGGUAUGACACUCGGGGUCAAGUAACCAGCAGCUGCAGCAGCCAGAGGCUUGCUAAACUCACUGCUGCUGUGUUGCUUGCUAAAGAUGUUCCUGUUUACCUUUUUUCGAGAUAUGUUCCUACACCUUUCGUACCAUAUGCAGUCCAGGAGCUCAAAGCGGUUGCAGGUGUGAUGAUUACGGCAUCUCACAACCGCAAAGAGGACAAUGGAUACAAGGUGUAUUGGGAAACUGGUGCUCAAAUCACAUCUCCUCAUGAUAAAGAAAUUCUGAAAUGUAUAGAAGAGUGUGUGGAGCCAUGGAAUGGUUCCUGGAAUGAUAAUUUAGUGGACACCAGCCCACUUAAGAAAGAUCCUCUCCAGGACAUCUGCAAGAGAUACAUGGAAGAUCUGAAAAAGAUCUGUUUUCACAGGGACUUAAAUUCAAAGACCACCUUGAAAUUUGUGCAUACCUCCUUUCACGGAGUUGGGCAUGACUAUGUGCAGUUGGCUUUUCAAGUAUUUGGUUUUAAGCCUCCAAUUCCUGUCCCAGAACAGAAAGAUCCAGAUCCAGAGUUUUCUACUGUUAAAUGCCCAAACCCUGAAGAAGGAGAAUCUGUGCUGGAACUCUCCCUAAGACUGGCAGAGAAAGAAAAUGCCCGGAUAGUGCUAGCCACAGAUCCUGAUGCAGACCGGCUGGCGGUAGCGGAACUUCAGGAGAAUGGUCACUGGAAAGUUUUCACAGGGAAUGAGUUGGCAGCUUUGUUUGGGUGGUGGAUGUUUGAUUGCUGGAAGAAGAGCAAAUCGGACGCUGAUGUGAAGAACGUUUACAUGCUGGCCACCACCGUCUCUUCUAAAAUUCUAAAGGCAAUUGCACUGAAAGAAGGAUUCCACUUUGAGGAAACAUUACCAGGCUUUAAGUGGAUUGGAAGUAGGAUAAAAGACCUCCUAGGACAUGGGAAAGAAGUCCUUUUUGCAUUUGAAGAGUCUAUUGGCUUUCUGUGUGGAACCUCAGUGUUGGAUAAAGAUGGAGUGAGCGCAGCUGUGGUUGUUGCCGAGAUGGCCUCUUUCCUGGAAACCAGGAAGGUAACCCUGACAGAGCAGCUGGCCAAAGUUUAUGAAAAAUACGGUUAUCACAUGUCAAAAACUUCAUAUUUCUUGUGUUAUGACCCACCUACCAUCAAAACUAUAUUUGAAAGGAUUCGCAAUUUUGAGUCUCCAGGGGAGUACCCAAAGUUCUGUGGGGCUUUUGCUAUCUUGCAUGUACGAGACAUAACCACUGGAUAUGACAGCAGCCAGCCCAAUAAGAAGUCAGUACUGCCUGUGAGUAAAAACAGCCAAAUGAUUACGUUUACUUUUCAAAAUGGCUGUGUUGCCACUCUUCGAACAAGUGGGACAGAACCAAAGAUAAAGUAUUAUGCAGAGAUGUGUGCAUCACCUGGCCAGAGUGACACUGCCUUACUGGAAGAAGAAUUAAAGAAGCUCAUUGACGCUCUGAUAGAGAAUUUUCUUGAGCCGAGUAAGAACGGCCUGACGUGGCGUUCUGUAUAGGGCACUUCAGUACAUUAUGACCUUGCACUGACAUGGAGCGAAGAACUCUAGACAGUGAACCUCGUGUUGGAAUUCUCUCGUCUGCCAAGUUAUCUUUCCCCUUCUCUUUCCUUUGUUCAGCUGGCUAAAUAGAUUAUAUACAUUUGAAAUGAAAAUGUUUUCAUAAUCUUAAAUGUCGGUCGUUACGUUGAAAGUGUUCAGUGGCCGCCACUCCUCCUGUAUCACAAACAGUACAAAAGUGAGUUUUCUUAUUAAACUGUGGUUAAGCUUAGUUACAUGAUGUAAUUGUGUAUAGCAUGGUUUAAAAUAAACAUUAUAUAAUAUAGGGUUAGUUAAAGAAAUUAUUUCUUAAAGGUGUGUAGGUUGCUGGGGUGUUCCACACCCAUUGUGGAAAAGUAUAAUUGUCAUGAUGUAGAUAUUGAUUUUCAAGUUAGAAACCCAGCUUGGUGGCACAUUCCUGUAAUUACAGCCCUCAGGAGGCUGAGACAGGAGGAUCAUUAUUUAAUUUAUGGCCAGCCUGGGUUGCACAGAAAGAUUCUGUCUCAAAAAAAGAAAAGUUUAUAGUUUUUUUGUUUUUUUGUUUUUUUAGGUUUUCUGACUUAGGACAGAUGUCACAGUCUGUGGUUUUGCACCUCUGUCUCAGGUGCCCUUGCUAUGGUGUAUAUUUACUGUAUUAUUUAAGACAGAUGUUUACUGAACAUAAAACAAUAGUGGCAACGCUCCUAGUGGCUUUGUUCUUGUCGAGUUUCUCAGUGCAUUCUCAGGCGCGGUGUGAACUGAACAGUGUUCCUGCAUUGGAUAUAACUACCAGUCCAUUUUCUGAUGGUUAAGGGAAAUCUUCCCAACUGUAUAGGUGCUUCCUAUAUAGAAAACAGAUUUGUUGGCUCUAAAAAUGGUUGUAGAAAAAGAUCUUAAUAAAAUCUGGCUUAAUGGAACUAUAGUCGAGUCUCCGUGCAAGGAUUCAGGCAUCGUAGCCUGUAAGUGGGAUGAGCGUGGCAUUUAUUUCACAGUCUUAUCGAAUUGCAUUUUUAUAAGUAGAUGUAAUCUUUUAUCUGAAAAGUAAUGCUGAUCUUAACAAGAAAUGGAACAUCAAGAUUUAAGUAUUUUCCGCCACCUUGAUUCAAUGCCCAGUCUCAUUUGAUCUCAGAAGCUAAACAAGGCUAAGCAUGGUUGUUGCUUGGGUGGGAAAUUUGGGUGUUAUGAAACACUGAAAGUGCUGUUUAAGACUAAGGUCAAUUUAUUUUAGUGUGUUCCUGGCUUUGGACUUUCUGAUAGUAUAAAUACCCUUCUUCUUUUUCCGUAUGAAAACAGUUUUCAGGAAAGUCAUCUGUGGUUGAUUCUCUAGCUCUCUGAAGAGCCCUAAUAGAGAAAUAUUGUCUAAGCUUUCCAAAUUGUGUAUCUUUCUACAUAGAUAACAUAAUACAUGCUAUAGUUAGUAUAACAGUAACAAAGCCUUGUGGUGUAAUUGUUUAAACAAAGUUGCCUAUAGGAUACAGCACUGAUAUUAAUUUUUUUGCUAAAAUAGUAAUAUAUUGCCUAAACAGAUUAGAAUGUUAAUUAAAUCACAGUUUGGUUUUUUUUUACAGAUUUGAGCUAAUUUUGGUUGAGCUUGUGUAAUCCAAACACAGUUUUCAAAUUAUGUUGCCACUAUUGUUUUGUUCCUUCCUUGCUGUCCUAGAGCUGGGUCCUAUAUGACUAUAGAGAAUAGCUAGUUAAUGUACAGUGCCAUUUUUCUGUAUGGGUUUAUUUUAAAGGCUUUGCAUUAGAGAAGAAGUAUAUAGAAUGUUUUCUUUUAUUCUUAAGAUAUAUAAAACAUUUUUGUUUAUUGGCUGUUAGGAGUAUAAUUGUAAUUUAGGAAAUGGCAUGUAUUCUACAAAGCUGUAUAUAUGGAAAACAUGCACAUUAAUUUCAAUGUCUGUGUUCCAGUGAUCCAAGAACAAAAUGAAACUAAAGUGAUGUGAUAGCUAUUCAUAAUCACAGAAGCCAUGUCAUGAUUGCCAUCCACUUAUGAAGUGGAUGUUUUUGUUUGAAUGCUUUAGCAUAUACAAGAUAUGUCAUCUUAAAGUGAAGUUACUGACAUUUGAGCUCUUAUCUUGAAAGGCUAAAUCCCAGUUAUGUGUACAGGUUCCCAACGUGUAUAAGUUGAGGAAACUAUUUGAUUUUGUCCAGAUUCUUGACUGUGUCUGAACAUGUUUAACUAAACGUGGCAUAGUGGGUGCAUAGGUCCCUAACAGGAAAGGAUGUCAGCCAGUGGGUCUCAGCUUUUGCGCUACAUUUGUUCAUUUCUUUUCUUUUCUCAACAAUAGUAUGAGAAUGAAUAUAUUUUCUUUGAGUGAAUAAAUCAAAACAGGUUUUUUCUGGAGCAUUAGGGAGAAGAAUUAGGCUGGGACAGAGCCCAGUGGUAAAGCACUUUUCUAGCAUGCAGAUAAAGCAAAGAUAGUUGCCAGACUUGCAUGAUCUCUGGCAAUGCAGGGGUAGGAGGGUUGAGGGAGAAGGUUGUCAUUGAUGGGCAAAAAUCAAAGAGUAAAAUGGAAAUAACAGUAGAGAUUGACAGACAGUAUAUAAAAGUCAGCAAUGGCAGCAUGAGAAAUGCUUCUUGUGAACCAUAAUCCAAGUGCUAUUAACAGUGGGGUGAACUGUACGUGAACGGUGGCCGUUCACUUGUGUUUGUAAGCAGACGGCAAGUCUACCGUUUUCCUUCAGUCAUGAUCACUGAAGAGAAGCCCCAUUCUAGGAGGAAAGGAAGAAGUUCUCUUAUUAUGGAUCCCAUUCCUCCUGGGAUGUUCUUUUAGAAUCACAUGAGAACAGGAGACAAGAAAGAACAAAGCUAAAAGAAAUAAAACUAAGGAUUGUAAAGUAUAUCCUCUAAGAAAAAGUUCAAGGAAUUAAGAUCGUCAUACUCUGACUCAUUAACUAAAUCAUAAGUUAUUCAUUGGGGUUUCUACUGAAGGUAUCAAAGUAAGGAACACUAAUGGCAUCCUGACAAUCUGUAGUGAAGACACCAGAAAGAAUAAGGACGUAAAAUGAAUAGGAAAGACCUGUUAUAAAAACAAGAAAAGAAGACAUGGUGGGUAGAAGGGGACUAGUUAAAAAGGGUGUCAGCGGGAGUAGGGCAGGAUUAAGAGAAGGGUGAUGGGGUGACGGUGAUCAAAAUGCAUUUUAUACACAGAUGAAAUUGUCAGAAAUAAAUGAAUAGACAACGUGAAAUGUUAAAGAGGUAAGAAUUUUUGGGGGGAGGGACGAUCUUGAAACCUAUGUAAAGAUUCCUUCAUACACACUUUAAGAAUCAGGUUGGAACAAGACUUCUGUAUAGAACUCUAAUGGUGAGUUGUGUUCACCCCGUAUCUAGAGUCCGGCUCACAAAUAUCUUGUGUAUAUUUUGAAUGGUAGGUGCAUGAGCACAAUAAUGGGUGUUCUUUUUAAUUUGCAAACUGUAUGAAACUUGAACACACUCGUGUUCAUCUAGGAGAACACACAGCUUUGUAAGAUAUUUGAGAUCUAUCGCAAAUAUAAAAGUAUCAGUAUUUGGCUACAGUAACUUAAGACACAUUCCAAGAGAAUGGAUACUUUGUGAUGUCUGCAUGCAGACCCCCCCCCCCCCAAUUUCUUCAAGAUGCUUCUGGAAUUGAUACAACAGAAACCUUAAGUGGGAGUCUCCUUGGGAAGUUCAACAAAUGCUGCUACUACUUCUAUUUCCAGACUUUUCCACUGGUAUUUCCAAAGCUUGAAAAAUACAAAUUCCACUUGGAUACAUUUAAUUUCACACCUUUCUUGCUCUACCUCCCUCUUCCCAUGGCAUCCUUCUACCUUCUGUUACUGUGAAACGCGACUGCCCUGUUACCUCACUGGUCAGAAUAUUAACUGUUCAUUCAGAUGCUUUAAACUCGGUCGUGACUGUUUACAGACUGUUGUUUUACUGAUGUCAGAGUAUUUGAGAUGUGCUGUAUGAAAUAACUUUAAUGUCUUUUAGUGCCUGUUUCUGCUUGUCAUAGAUGGUGUUGCCGUGGCCUUUUACAAUGCAUUUAUCUUCUGAAUUUGUUCUAGAAACUGAUGAGGAAACCGUUAUAUUGUCCAAAUUGGUCAGUUGGUCUAGCAUUUUAUUUGGGGUGGGGGCGCGUCCCUGGCUUUGGGCAGUAAGAGCACGAAACUUGAGAAAAUCAUUUUUCACAUUCGUCCCAAGCAUUUUAUCCUAAACUGAAAGAAGUCUGGAGAGAGAGAGCUGGGUGUCUAAUCCCAGCCCUGGAGAGACUAAGGCAGGAGAAUUGCUGUGAGUUCAAAGUCAGCUUAGACUGCAUGCAGAGGUCCAGGCCAAGAAUAAAGUGAAAUAAAAGGUGGUGCACACUUGCAUCCCAGCUCUCGGGAGGCAGAGGCAGGUGGUCUACAGAGUGACAGCCAGAGCUGUUUCACAGAGAAACCUGUCUCAAAACCAAACAACAAAAGACCAAAAAGCAAACAAAAACCCAAAAAACAAACAAAUAAACAAACAAACAAAAAACCUAAAACAGAAGAGAAUUAUACAUUGCCUGAUUUGUCACAAAGCGCUGGUUUAGCACCAGUCAGAAACAAAGCAAAAUCAGUGUUUUUAUGUUUCAGUGUUCAGGGGAUUAGUAAACCCAACAAGCCAUCUCCCCUCUGUUAAUUGAAAGCUAUCUAUACUUUAAAAAGAAAUCUUAUAAAAUUAAUUAAGAGGCCAAGGCAGGGGCAAAGUGACCACAGUUUGCAUCCUAAAUUUUCCAUCAGUAGACCCCUAAAUCAGAGGAGCGUGAAAAGGAUGGGUAAUGGGGCCUUGAGAACAAAACCCAGAGAAGCCACCACUGACAUGAGAGACCCUGUCUAGCUCUGAGUCACCAGGGGAUUCUGAAUUCUCUAAAGUAUACUAUAAAGAUGAACUUCACACGGGGCUGGGAAUGUAGCUCAGUGGUGGAGGGCUUUCCUGACAUUGCCAAAGGUCCUAGAUAGCAACGUUCCCAGCACCAUUAAAAAAAAAAAAAAAAGGAAAAUAACAGAAAGAAACACAAAUUUGUCAUGUGUUCCUCAAUUCCCGGCCCCAUCCCCCAACCUGCAAUUGCUGCAUUUUCCUGGAAGGAUACUUAAUGACCUUAUUUUAACUUAAUAGAUUCUAGGAUAUUCUCUGUCUUCCUAACUUAUACUUCCAAAGUAUUAGUGCCAGGUUAAUUACCUGCAACAACUAUGUUACUUUGAACCAUAUAAGAUUGUCUGAUGUAUUAGCCAGUUUAUUCUGUUUAAUUCACUGACACUCCUUGACACACCAGUCAGCUGCCUGAGAGCAAAAGGUCAUGAUUUAUUGUUUUUAAUAUCUACUGUGCUAGAUUCAGUGUCUCCUGUUAAGCAGUAUUUAACUGGUGAUGAUAGUAAUUAAGAGGUUUUAUUUUAAAGUAAAACAAAAUUUAAAAAGUAACAAAAUAGUAGUUUUCCAAUUCAGUUUUAAAGAUAGGCAUUAUUACUGAGCUAGGCAGUAAGCUGUGUUUACUAAGCAUGCACACCCUUAAACUAAGACAUUCAAUGUCUUAUUAGGGUCUCUGUUGUGAUAAAUAUGACCAAAAGCAACUUGGGAAGAAAAGGGUUUGUUUCAUCUCAGAGCUUAGACGUCCAUCAGUGAGGGAAGUCAGGGCAAGAGCCUGACUGGAAUGAAGCAGAGGCCGUGGAAGAUUCCUGCUUACUGGCUUGCUCCCAAUAGCUUUCCUGCUUUCUGAUAGUAUCCAGGACCAACCCAGAGGUCCCACAGCAGGCCAGUCGAUGGGGGCAUUUUCUCAAUCAAGGUUCCCUCUUCUGAAAGGACUAGUUUGUGUCAAGUUGACAUAAACCUCUGCAGCACACUCAGUUUCUUUGGGGAGUGCAAAGCAUCUUUCUUCAUGAAAACCAUAACAUACAGUAUUUGCUCACAAAACAAGGGUCUGGUCAAGAUGGCUAUGAAUGUAUCUUACAUGAGUUGAGUAUCUCUGAUCUGGAUGCCAGUUUUUUGAACUCAACCCCACCCUUUAAGCGAGUCAUCUGAUUUGAUACUUGACACAUUUUGUCCGAUAUUAGGAUUUAUUAUGUGUGUUAUUGGAGUCACUCAGGCAAAAAUAAGUGGGGGGGAUAUCUAUCUAUAUAUGGUGAAACCUUGUUGUAGGCUACAAUAAGCUCUUGGUAUACAUCAUUGAAUGUGACAGAUAAAACAGAAUUAAGAAUGGAGUAAUUUUCUAAUAGCUCAGAAUCAUGCCCUUGUUUUAACAGUUUCUGUCACUAUCCCAUCCUCCCCUAUGAAAAUAAUGGAGUAUAUUGUGAGCCUGUGAGAAUUUGCACUUUAUGUAUUGGUGUGUGGAUUUCUGUGGCUUUAAUCAAAUAAGACAUCCUCAGUAAUAAACAGGUCUCCAUAGGCA